UUCUUGAAUUACGUUUUCUUAUGAGCUGGUUGUCUCAAUUUUGAUUCACAAACAGACAAAUUAUGGUUCUUAACAUUUAUAAUUCUCGAUCAAUUGUACUUUUUGAUAUAAUUGGCUCGAUUGUCAUUGGGGGGUUGGUAAUUUUCGCAUGGCUUUCAGUGGAUAACCCGAUUCAAUAUGUCCAUCACUCGUCGAAUGUAAUUGGUGCUGCCGAUGGCAAUACGUCGUAUUUUGGAGAAGGUCGGGAAUCGGAAAGGCGCAAAGGACUAGAAGGGUGUAUCAUUACUUGGUGCUUGACUAUUUUGCUUGGUCUUUGUGGAUGGAGAAUCGUUUCAGCCGUCAUCCUGACUUUUGCGAUUCGACAGAAAUCCCUAAAUCUGCUGCAAUAUUGGAUAGGAUAUAAAUCUCUUGUGCUGGUCAUGUCGAUUUUUCUCUUAAUUUCAGCAUUGACUUCAAAACCAGUAAUCCCAAGCGCUGUGGCAUCCUUCAUAUUGGACAUGACAACAUGCUAUUUUGUCCGUAUUUUAAUACCCGAGCUGGCUUUAAUUUCAAAGGGAAGCGUUCAAUAGACCACCAAGUCAAAUUUACAUAUGCAAUUUAGUUGGACUACUUUUGCAGAAAGAACACGUGAAAAAUGUUUACAUUCUCUGAAUAAUGAAAUGUUUCGCUUUAAACAUGUAGAUACAGAUAUAAAGUUUGGUUACCCAUUGGCCACUCACAUUAAUUGUAUGAAAAAUUUUGCAACUGGCAUUCCAAUUAUGUUUAAAGAUUUACGGUGGGAUUUAUCACCACAAUGAAUUUAGUAUUUAGAAACUUUGCGAUUGUUUAACUUGGUAAACCUAAUCCGGGGAUUAUGCUUAUCUGAUCUGAUGUAAAAUAUGAUACCAAUUAAAAUAAAAGAACUCGUGCACCAAAGUUAUAAAGUCAUACUCAA